AAUUACGAACCAGCUUUCUGAUCUGAAACGUCGAAAUGUACCGAUUCUCCUAGGGUUUAAGAACCAAAAGGUUUUGAAUUAACUGUAAAACAAUGGCGUCAAACUGUGCUAGAAAUCUCGCUCAACGAUCCUCCAACUCCGUUAAAACCUUCCUAUUCCGCGGCCAAUCAUCGCCCUCCGUCGCCGCGGGACCAUCGAAGCUCGGUGGAGUCGCAUCCACCAGCUCCCGCCCCUCACCUCGCCACCGCCCCUUCUUCUCCUCCUCCAGGUUGCCGGUGGAGCUAGCGUGUGGGCAGUCGUUGAUGCCUCUGCAUUCCGUUACCGCAUCCGCAUUGCUCGAGUCAAUGCUUUCAUCCAAAGUUGGCCGCUGGGGUUUUCUCUCUGAAGGGUUUGCGACGACUUUAUAACAGGAUCUUGAUUGAAGAUGCUGGGAAGACUGUUAGUGAUAAUUCUACCGACUGUUAACGGAGAUGCUGUGAUGACCGUCAGUGAUAAUUCUGUCGUAUUUUGAAACGAGAAUAAAUGUAUUUCAAAAUGGUUGUAUUUUCGGUGGGAUAUGAUCUUGUUGUGUACAUUCUCCUUAAUUUGAAAGAUUAUGUGCCUUUUUAUGCUACAUUUAAUGAGACGAAUUGGCUUAUUGUUUUAUUUU